AUGAAUGCUGCUCGUGAUACGAACGAAGAAGUAGACAAAUUCGUGAAGGAAUAUGCAGACUCGACCAGAGAUGAUCCCGUUCUUUCUUCUGUUCUUUACGCGCCAUUACCGACAAACAAAGUAAAUAGAAUGCUGCAUCAAGUACCCAUAAUGCCUCAACAACCGAACAACAACAAUAAUAACAAUAACGGCAGGAAUAAGGAAUGCAAGAGUUUUCAUGUAGAUUUCAGCAAAGAUGUAAGGGGAUGGCAAGUGGAGCAUAUCAAUAUGCCUUAUAAUGUGAUUGGUGGCCGUGGACCUACUUUAAACGCCACGGAUUAUAUAAGGUUUGGAAAGAUAUCUGCGACAGUUCGCUCUGCAGGUGCAGGCGGCUCUGUCACUGCUUUCAUAUUGCUGGCUGAUGGAGGGGAUGAAAUUGAUUUUGAAUUUUUGGGGGGAGACGUUCGAACUGUCCAGACGAAUUACUUUUGGGGACCAUCGAAGGAAUUCACCGUGAACGGUGGUUUUCAUACUGUUGCAGGAGGUGAUGUAGACAAAGAAUUUCACAAGUAUACAAUUGAUUGGAAACCGGAUAGUAUAGAGUGGCUUGUUGAUGACAAACUGAUAAGGACAAAAAUGCGAAAAGAUACCUGCGAUAGCGCCGGCCUUUGCAAAUUUCCAUCAGAACCAGCAAGGAUCCAAUUCGGCCUAUGGGAUGGAAGCAUCGAACCUGGUACAGCAGAAUGGUCUAGAGGGCCUAUUGACUGGUCUGAACCCCAUAAUGUUACAGCCUACUUAAGAGAUGUCAAAGUAGAAUGCUAUUAA